ACCAGUGGCCGAGUUUGCAGACUAGACAGACAGUAUAGCUAAGCUAGGUCGACGACACUAGUCAUGGCAAUGGAGUACACCACAAGGCGCUGGCUGGGCGCGCUCGCCGCCAUCGUCCUGCUCUCGUGCGCCCCGGCCCCGGCGGAGGCGGCCGGACGGAAGCUGCUGCAGAUCCAGAUCAGCCUGGCGCAGCAGUUCGUGGUGCCGCAGAACCACAUGCGCGCGAUCCAGGAGCAGCGCCCGCUCAAGUGGAGCAGCGGGCUGGCGGACCAGGCGGAGCGCUGGGCGGCGCGGUUCAAGGGCAACUGCGCGGCCGCGUCGGCGGCGAUGCCCGGCGGCGUCAACGUGUUCCGCGGCUUCGGCGAGGCCGGGAAGGCGUGGCAGCCCAGCGACGCGGUGGCCGCGUGGGCGGAGCAGUCCAACUACUUCGACUUGGCGUCCGGCGCCUGCGCCGCCGGGAAGCUGUGCGCGCAGUUCAAGCAGGUGAUGUCCAAGGGCAACACGGACGUCGGGUGCGCCUCCGUGAAGUGCGCCGACGGCACCACGCUCAUGACCUGCCACUACUCGCCGCUGGGCAACGUCUUUGGCGAGAGGCCCUUCUGAUCCCGUCGAUCUCGCCCGUCAAGCCGGCCGUCUCGUGCCGCGUGUGUUUCUGGUUGAGUCAAGUCGUCUUGCCAUGUUUUGCAGUUUAUUACGUACUCACUUAUUAUAUUUUAUUAGUUAUUACGACGUGCUAGUUGAUUUACUACAUCAUGUUAUGGUGAGAGUAAAGAGGUUAAUGCUUUGUCAUGAGUUUUGUGCAUGACAUUUGGUAAACUGUCAUACUCUUCCAACCCUAAAAACUAUACUAUAAGCUAUAGUUUACAUUUGCUAAUUCUCGGUCACUUCGAAUUUUUGUAAAUCAGUCACAAUAAACUCCACAGUGACAAGUUUAAUGUUGUUUUGCUAUUGUUAUGGUGCAUUUCAAGAUAUGAAAUCUUAGUACGUAUCA